AUGGAAAGGAGUAAUGGGGCUUGGUCACCUCCGAGAGCCUUUCAUAUGUUUUGCAUCAGGCAUAUAGAGUCCAAUUUUUUGAGAAAAUUCAAGGCGCCGUACUUGCAGAAACUUGUCGUCAACAUAGGAUAUUCGAGGACGGUGCGUGAGUUCGAGGUGCGUUACCAACGUUUACGAGAACGGGGCGAGGCAUACACUGACUGGUUAAACCGAAUCCCCCGGGAACAGUACGCGUUGGCUUUUGAUGGUGGAUAUAGAUGGGGUCAUAUGACGACAAAUCUAGUGGAGUGCAUAAACUCAGUAUUGAAGGGUGCACGCAAUCUCCCCGUGACAGCCCUUGUGAAGGCAACAUUCUACAGGCUGAACGAGUUGUUUACCCGGAAAAGAGCGGAAGCGGAAGCCCGGAUUAAUGCUGGCCAUGUGUUUUCCGAUGUCGUUACCUCAAAGUUGCAUGCAAACCGACUAGCGUCAGGAAACAUUCAGGUUAGCUGCUUUGACCGGCAGAACGAGGUCUUUGAGGUGGACCGGAUCCCUUGUCGACAUGUGUUUGCAUGUUGUGCCAACCAGCGACUGGAUUGGCAAGUGUAUGUUCAUGAUGUGUAUAAGAUGGACCAAGUUCGGCGGGUGUACCGAGCAAGGUUUAGGCCAUUAGGUAACCCUACUACAUGGCCAGCUUACAACGGACCUAGGUUCAUCCCGAAUCCGUUCUUGAGGCGCCUCGGGAAAGGUCGCCCAAGAACGACGCGAUUCUUGAACGAGAUGGACACACGGAUGUUACGUCGGCCUAGGCGAUGUACGCUUUGUGGGGCUGAGGGGCACAGCCGUGGCAGAUGCCGUCAGCAUGGUCGUGCAAAUGCCAGUGGAGAGCAUUAG